ACGCGCUGGUCGCGUUUAUUAUUCACUUUACUGUACUCUUUAUUUUUCACUCUACUGUACUCUCCGUGUAUGUAUUUAUUAAGCGAACUACUCUGCAGCAGUUGGAGGCCACCAGGGCUCCAGCAGCGUGCCACCAGAGCCGGCCCAAGCCGCUUCGCCCCACCGGGGCCCACAAAAGCCCACUGAUGGCGGCCCGUUCCGAGGCGUAUGGCCGGAUUUACAUUUACAAAGAGGCGGCCGAUGGGGCCCCGGGGGCGGAAUUGCGGCCCCCGCACACACCGGCCCGGUGCCCCACAAAGGCUGGCUCGGCCCCACACCAGGGGCAGCCACCGGCGGCGCUCCGGGGACCAACAGCCCCUCAAGGGAGCCGCGGGGAGGAGGAGAGCUACCACCGGGCCGCCCCGCUCCUCACGGCCGGCCCCGGGCCGGGGGAAGGCGGGGAAGGGAAGAAGAGAAAGGAGGGGAAGGGAGGCGAGGGGCGGGGCCGGCCGUGAGGGCGGAGCGAUCGGCCGGGGGCUGCCCGGGCAACAGCUGCGGCGGGAGCCGUUUACAAACAGUGCCCUGAGCGCCAGCACCGCCGCCGAGUUCGGGCUCCGGCGGCACCGCGGGCGGCUGCCCCCGCUCCCCUCCGUCCCUCCUUGCCCCCACCUCAGGAUGCCGGCCGGGGAGGCGGCUCAGGCGCAGCCUCCCUCCGGUGCCUCCCCGCCGUGCCCGGCUCCUUCCUUCGCCCGCCCGGGGUCGCCUCCCCCCUGCGCCCCCCGCGGCCAGGAGGUGUCCGCAGGUCCCGCUGCGGCCCCUGCCCCUUCCCUUCCUGCCUCCCCGGGGCUCUCCCAGCGCCGAGGCCGGGCUCUGGGGGCUCCUCCGGGCUCGGGGGGAGCAGGGGGCACCCGCUUCUUUGUGAGCCCGAGAUGGUCCUGGAGGAAGGAUUUGGAGUGCUGGAGUUCUUUGUGGCACUGAACUUGUCCUUGAGUAUAUUUUGCUCAAUGCAACUAUUUGAAAUAUUUGUACAGAAAAACUAAGUGCAACUGACUGUUUCUACAGACUUGAAAAAUCAGAAGAAAUAGUUCAAGAAACCUCAUUCAGUCACUGAGAGAACCAAUGGAUAUGCUUUCAGUGAUGUCUGAACACAGACAAAAAUGAAAAAGAAAUAAUAUUUUGCUUGUGGAAAACAAAUCUUUUUCCUGGCAGAGGUCUUUUAGCUUAGCAGACUUGCAAGCACAUGUUGGAGAACUUUACAAGUGUCCUUAUUGUGAUCAGUGAACAUCCC